AUGCCCUAUAAUUUAUACAAUUUAUGAUAAAAAAACAGACUUAAAUAUUGCUUUCACUUUGACUGACCUCUAAUUAGAAACAAUAAUAAAAUAUGAAGAUCUAAUAAUUCAUUUUGAUAAAGAGUAAAAAUUGAUAUUAUAAAACUAUUUAUGAGGGAUCAAGUAUUAUAAGAGAAAUCUUUCAAUAAUACAAUCUUAAUUCAAUAGGUUGAGAUAUAAAUACUCUAGAUAUUGAUUUAAAAUAAUAUACUUCUAAAAUUAAGAAUUGGAUGUCACUGUAAAAAAUUAUUAUGCAAAAAAUUGGAAUCCUUAUCUAUUUAUUAUUAAUCAUAGAAGAAAUUGAUAUAUGUAAUUUAGACUGAUAUUUUAGAGAGUAUUUGAAAAAAAGAAUAAUUAUAUUAGUAACAACAUUUUUUGA